CACACGUCAACUGCUCGACUCAAGUGACCGCUUGGCUGUCAGAGGAAUCCGUAACGUUGUCCUAACACUUAAACCUCUGUGACAGCAGCGCUUCAUCUGCAGAUUAUCCUUCGCCUUGAUUCUACUUCACCAUCACCUCCAAUAAGAGUUCGACCCUACCCGAGCCCCGCUUCUGCUUGUGCCCUGCGCUUUUGAUCAAACCCUCCGUCCGUGCAACCAUCAAGCUGCUCUACUGUUGUUGCCUGCAGCCAGCUCUUCAACUCUUCUCGCAGUGCUUUGUCGGGCAAAUCAAACACCAUGCCUGGCCUAUUCAAGCGUCUCUAUGACUGGCUCCUCAGUCUUUUCUGGGCGACUGAGAUGGACGUGACAAUGAUCGGUCUUCAGAAUGCCGGCAAGACAUCGCUCUUGAGAGUCCUAGCAGGUGGAGAGUUUACAAUUGACUCAAUACCUACGGUCGGCUUCAACAUGAAAAAGGUUACCAAAGGCCAUGUGACUCUGAAAUGUUGGGAUCUAGGAGGUCAACCAAGGUUCCGUUCUAUGUGGGAGCGUUACUGUCGAGGUGUCAACGCCAUGGUAUUCAUUGUGGACUCGGCCGACAAGGAAGCAUUGCCUGUGGCACGAGAAGAACUUCAUGUGCUGCUGGAGAAGCCUGCUUUAGAAGGCAUUCCAUUGUUGGUUCUUGGCAACAAGUCCGAUCUUCCUGAUCAUCUAUCGGUCGACGAGCUUAUUGAGGAGUUGAACCUCAAAGCCGUAACGCACCGUGAGGUGAGCUGCUAUGGUAUCAGCGCCAAGGAAGAGACAAACUUGGAUGCUGUACUGCAAUGGCUGAUUGCUCGUGCGAGCAAGUGACCCGUCGACCAAGGUCAGGUCUCCCACAGCGGCAUACAGUUUGGCUUCCACUCAUGAAGGUGAUCGGCAUUUGCAUAGGGUAUUGCAAGCGAUGGGGUUUAGAUGGUAUCUUUCCUGCGAACCAGCAAUGGCAACGUAGCGUAACGGCGGGUGCACAUGGGGUGUCCUUGUUUCUUUUUUGACUUCCGGCGGUCUUGUUUCUCAUCUCAAGCGGGCUAAGGAAUGAUUUUACGGAUUCACGAGAGCAAUACGAUAGUCGACAGACGCAAUUUGACGAUUGAUGUACAGAUGAUGAAAUGAGAAGAGAGAGAAGAACAGGAGAUUGUGAAAAGGCUGC